CUCCUUGCUAUCGCGUCCGUCUCCUUGCUAUCCCCCGUCCGUCUCCUUGCUGUCGCACAUCCGUCUUUGUGCGCCGCGCUCUAUAGUUCUUCUGAGUUCACUCUCCAGGGCGUGUCGUGCUCUUCGAGGCCCGCCGUGCUCUUCGAGGCGCACCGUGCUCUCCAGCGCGUGACGUGCUCUCCAGCACGUGUCGUGCUCUCCAGCGCGUGACGUGCGAUUGCUUGCAGCAUCUCCCGCUCUCGCCUUGGGAUCUCGCGCUCUUGUAUGCACGCUCUCGCCUGCACGAUGUCCCUUCGUCUCUGCCGGCCGCGCUCGUCAGGUCGACCGCGCUCGUCCAGUGCAUCUCGCUCGUCAGGUCGACCCCGUCCUGUCGCCUGGCCUCCCCACCUUCCCUUCCCCUUCUCCCACCUCCCCACCUCGCACUUCCCGCACUUCCCGCCUUUUCUCCCCUGCUCGACAUCUCGCCCCACCUUCACUUCUCGCCUCCCUCCCUCCUUUCGCCUCCCUCCCUCCUUUCGCCUCGUUACUCCCCCUCUCCCCUCAUCGCCCCUCCCCCCUCUCGCCUCUCGCUCCGUCGUCCCUCCCCCUCUCGCUCCGUCAUCCCUCCCCCUCUCGCCUCAUCGUCCCUCCCCACCUCCCUCCCCACUUCGCCUCGUUGUCGCUCCCCCUUUCGCUCCGUCCUCGCUCCCACCCCCCACCUCUCCUCUCGAGCGCAGAUGGCAGGGCGGAAGGUGACCUCGAGCGCCUCGUCGUCGCUCCCCACCUCUCUACCGCCCCGGUGGUACCGAGCGCCUCGGCGACCUCGAGCGCACUGGCAGAAGGUGGGGCGCUCGACUCGGUGCGCUGAUGGUUGCGAGGGAAGAGGAGGAGGCGGGUGCGUGUGGCGAAGACGGCGAGGGAGGAGGCACGACGCUCGACUGGGAGGAGGAUGACGCGUCGCUCGACUGGGAGGAGUGCUGAUGGGGGGGAAGAGAAGGGGGAGGCGGACGACGCGGGGG